UAUAUUUACCUCCUCCUCUUUCUCACCCAAAAACCCUAAAUGCAUCAAUGGCGUCAAGAUCUCUAUAUCCCUCCUCUCUCUCACAUCCAAAACCCCUAGAUUCAACAAUUGCCUCAAGAGCUCUCACCACAAUCUACUGGAAGCUCCGCACCUUCGCUUCGUCCGACUGUAAUACCGAAUCAGCUAUUCCAACUAACAAUUCGGAUUCGGACUCGCACUCCAAACAGCUUCCUCACGCCGAAGAUAAGAAAAACAGAGCAUUCAAUCGUAUUCUGAAAGAAGGGCCAGUAUUCCCGUGCAAGGUGAUGGAAGACGAGAAAUAUGAGAGGUUGGAAAUAACGGGGACGCGUAAGCAGGGGCUGAAGCUGUGGGUUUCAGACAAAUCUAUCCACACCAAGGUAGUGGAAGAGGUGGAUGAUGAUCCUCCGUCUGCGGAACAGUACCGGAGGACUUACUACAGCAACAUCGAUCUCCCUCAGAGACGCUACAAGAUGGGAAAGAUCGUGAUGGAGCUCAAGAACGUUGUGUUCAACAUGAAGCCGCAAAUGAUGAUGAGGAACACUUAUGACAGCCGGCGAUGGUUUAUGAGUCGUACUGAUGCAGUUAGCGAUGCAACCAAUGUUGAGAGCAAUGCAUUUUCUACUAAUGAAGCUGGUGAUGCAAUAAAUGGUGAGGGCCCAGGAAUCCUUCAUCGUAUGGUGCGUGCCGUUUAUAUGAAGGAAGGAACGUUUCCAAACAUUGAUACUUUCAUCAUAAGUUUAGUAUCUUUGAUCAAGAAGGGAGAGGUUGUUAACUACUACCAAUUUAUGGCUAUUUGUAGAGCCCAACAUCAGUUUUUUGUAAAGAAGCACGACAUAGGAUUAGAAAAGUAUGGGUUGUACAAAAAAGACCACACUGAUUGGCAUGCGGCUGGGGUUUCCAAGUCAAGAUAUGUCUUGAUACAAGACUUCAUGUUUUGGUUAUCCUUUAUUCCUAGACAAUAUGAUGAAAUGAUUUAUAAUUACAUGUUUAAGCAGCAAAUUUAUGUUUUGGAGAGUUGUCCGAUUGUUUUUCUAACAGACGGUACAUGUCCAUGUUUUUGGCAUCCGCCACCUGUUGGUUGGUACAAGUUAAGCGUUUCUGGGUUUUUUAAGGUAAAUCUUGAUGGGACGAAAGAAGCUUCUUGUGGAGAAGUAUUCCGAGAUUGUAAGGGAAGGAUUUUGGAAAUUUUCCAUAAGCCACUUCCUGAUGCAACGUCUAGAGAUGAAGUAUUCUUACUUGGAGUGCAUCAUGGGAUUGAUGAAAUUCUCCGAAGUAAAUCGGAAGUAAAGGAAAUAAUAUUUGAGAUUGACCAUAAAACAAUUGUCAAGGUGCUAAAUGAAGAGAAGCGUAUACCAGUGGAAUAUUUAGAACUUUAUAAAAAAAUUAUUGAUAUGUUGUCAAAAUUUGAUGUUUGUCGCAUAGAAUUUCCACAUUCUCAAGGAAACGCUGUGGCUAAUAGAGUUGCGUAUAUAGCUUCACAUUUGACUGUGGGACAGAGUUUUCCGAAAGGCGAUAGAGGUUUUGAGACACAAGUUAUGUGUGAUCAAUUGAAGAUUCCACGACAUGAGAUCUUUCCGAAAAAAGGAAUUGAAGCUGAAGAAUCAUCGGAUGACGAAUUUUCUUCAGAAGAAUCUGAAGUCGGGUUUUAGGGGCAACAUGGUAUUAAGCUGGCAGUUGACGUGCUGGAAAUCAUACUGCAGGAGGGAUUGCAAAAAAGAUUCUGGCCCUACAAAAUGCCGCCUUAAUUAUUUGGAAUGUGAUGCUCUUGACCAUGAGGAUUGCAAUAAUUGGGCAAAUUGUAGAAAUUUUAUGAAGGGUUGGAUCCUGAGAAUGUUAUCAAGUACGUAAUAUUUAAAAAUGCUGUGACAAAAAGUGUGUUCUCCAAGUUUCUUGAAAAAUAAAUUUUUUAUUGUU